AUAUUCUCGCACGCACGCCGGAGACGUGAUAUUUUUCCCAAUCAAAAGGAGGCGAUUUUCCGUCGCAACAUGAUUGCUAUAAUUGCAGGAUUAUAAUAAAGCCCAUCUGGAAUUCCUAUGCUGAAUCUGCUGCUUAUAAAAUGCGAUAACCGGCUACAAGAAGGCGCGCGCGUGAUUGAUGUGGUGGCCGCUGCUGUUUGAUGGUUUGCAGACGCAUCGCCUUUUAAAGUUUCAAUGCUGCCGCGUCGGCUGACCUAGAGAAAAACAUUGGAGAGAAGACCUCAGUCUAAGGAACUGGAAAGGAUAGAUCAAAUGUCUUUUUCGGGACCUUUCGGCCUAUUGCUGAAUUUAUAUCUAGUCAGAUGGCCCCAAGAAAUGCGCGUAACGAUUUCUACAUUUUGGGCUCCAACAACGGGAAUGGCAAAGCUGGAACCAAAGCCAUGUCGGGAUGGAUAGGCUUAUCGUGGUCUCAUAACACUGGCCGAAAAUGUAUUGACCUGGACGGAAUCGGAGUGUGGACCAAGUGUCUGGUGUCUGUUGGAAUUACGUUGCUCCUGGUGCCGUCCAUAUUUGCCAUAGACGAUGAAGGAAGGCUUGAAGCAUCAGGACAAACCCCCAGUCCUUCCAAGGAUCCAACUGGAGCCCCAAACACCACAGUCUUUUCAUUACGGAUGGAAGAGGAAGAUUUGUCCUCGCAGUUUCACUCUUUACCAGCAGGGGCAGAGAGCAUAAGGGAAGAGCCUGUGUUUGCCUCAGUGCAGACCCUGCAGGUUGCAGAGACACUGCCUGAGGCGCUGGUGCAUUCUCUGCCCUCCCCACCUGGCAACAGUGACAAUAGCACCAAUCAAAUGUCCCCUGGGGAUCUGGCCACCAGAGUGCCAAAGCCAGUGUUCCCGGCACUCAAAAUCAACAGUGUUUUGACCACUAGCUCAGACGAAACACUUGGUGAAUUCCCCAGGAACCCUGAUCUCCCCACGGCCCCAGGUUCCCCUUUCACGACUCUUGCAGACAUAGACGCAUCUAUCACUAACAAUGUGACAAGUCCAGUUUCCAUUUCCACUUUUCCGUUUAAUGCCACAUCCCCUGAAAGGGCUGAAAAUACUUCAUCUGACACUUCGACACGCAACAGCUCCCACACUGUGACCAGCGACAGUCUCCAACUCACCACAGUGACCACCACAACUGUCAUGCCCUUAACUGUGACAUCAAUGUCUGUGACUCCACCUACUAUAGCCACCGUUGCAAAGGAGGUUGUGACCACCUUGCCGCCCACAACAGCCGCCGAAACCACAACAACCAAGACGGAUCCGCCAACGACUACAACCACAACAACCACAGCGACAACAACUAUCACCACCACAAAAGUAGCACCAACAACCACAGAAACACCAACAACUACUUUAGCAACAACCACAACAACAACUCCGCCUCAAACCACUUCUGUAUCUACCUCUGGAAGCACCACAACUGAACUGAGCACCCCACCCACUGAUAGUACUUUGACCUGCAAUGUGACCGAACGGUUAUGGCUGAAAACAGUAUUGUCCAUCCAGAUGCGACGGAAUCGGCUAGAAACUGGAAUGAGACAGAACCUGUCUAAAGGUUUCACCCAGGCCCUGCAGAGAGCGUUCAACAACAGCAGCAUCCGUGUUCAGUUGGAAAGAGAUAUCUGCACCCCUUCUAAUGUGACCGUGGGGUAUUACGUCACAAGAGGGAAGACCGUGAUUAUAGCAUCUGUUGUGAUGGACACCUUAACGUCCUAUGGGUUUGACAAGCUAUUGGAUGACAUCAGAGAGUAUUUGCCUGUGGUAUUGGCCGUCCCCAGUCCAGUGGCCCCCUGGCUGCCCAGCCUCAGCAUCCACCUGCAACUCAAAACAGUUCUUAGGUUUGUCGGGCCGACAGAUAACAUCAAGUCUUGUGGUUUCAUCCAAAUGAUGGAGCAGCGGUUGGAAAAUGUGUUUGCUGAGGCGCUGGAAAAAGUCGAGGACUUUUAUGGGGCUCUUUCAGUUGAGAUUCUGAAUACAUAUCAAACAGGGAAUUCUUUGGCAGUGACUCUGGUGUAUGUAGUGUGGAAUGGUAGCACUCCAUUGAGUGGUACUGUGUCCAGCGGUCUGCUUAACCAGUUGACUGCCGAGCUCGUGGGCUACUUUUUAUUCUUCCCCCCUCUGAUCAUUGCAGAGCCUCUAGAGUACCACAACCUUAACACUUCAGUAGCAACCAGAGAUUACUGGGUAAUCACAGUAAUUCAGGACGUUGACAGCUCUUCUCUCGAGGGAAGUUAUCAGAGCUUUGCUAGUCUAAUGGAGCAGCGGCUGGCAGAGCUCUUUUUGGUUGCCAGUCGACAUGGCCUUCGCUUAAGAAGAGCCACAACUGUAGGCGACUACACUGUCCAGAUGGUCAGUAUCCGGCGACUGCCUGGGCCCAAGAACCCGGCUGAAAUGACCUACUAUGUACAGAUCGAUGGUUCUCCUGUUACUGGCACCUCUGCGGCUAAAACCCUCAACACGGUGGACUCUCAAACAAUGGCUCUCACUCUGGGAUACUUUGUCCAAAUUCAGGCAGAGCCCAUGGUAAAGAGUCUGCCUAGUAACCUCUGGAUACUGGCAGUCCUGAUACCUGUAUCGCUAGUGAUGAUUGUUGCGGUUAUGGCGGCUGCUAUCAUAUGCAGGAGAAACCGUACCGUCUUCAAGACCAGCGCGUUUCGGAAUUUCCAUCCUCGCACCAAGACUUCAUAUCGAAGAGACGGAAGUUAUCACCACCAGCCUGUGCAGGGUUUUGACUAUGCCAAGCAGCACAUGGGCCAGACAGGUGAGGAGGCUCUCACUGUCACCAAGGAAACACUUGUCCUGUCCCUUCCCGUACGGGAUGCUCCACUCACACAAGACAGAGUGGCGACAACAUUACAAGAUGGAACGGCCUCAAAAAGACCCCAGAUGACAGAGAUGCAUCUCAGCAGUUUGCCAAGCGAGGAUGUCUCUGUUUCGAGCAACGAUUCUGGGAAGCUGAACACAGGCAGGAGCUCCACAGCUCGGAGAAGUAUGGCACAGAAAGUACCCAAAGAAGAGCAACACACAAGAAAUGACCAUUAUGACUCUUUAACUGGCUCUCUACGCCUCAUCACCAUUAAGCCUAUGGCUGCCCCACUCAACUAUUCCUAUCCUGAAUCAUCCAAUAACAGUCAAGACUCUGUCAUCCUCAAUGGAGAGGUAAACAUGGGGAUGAAGCAAAAGUCAGACAUUGAGCAUUAUCGGAAUAAGUUGAGGUUAAAGGCUAAAAGGAAAGGUUACGGCGAUGGUCCGGUCUUUAGCAGUAGCGGUGGCAGCGGCCAUAUGUGCAGCCAUCGAGACAGGCUGAAGCGAGAGAAUGCUUCCCUGGAUUUGGAAGAUUUGCGGGGACCAAAGGAGGACAGAAAACCCUCCACUUACGUAAAGCACCGCAGGAGUGACUCCCAAAGGGAACCUGCAUAUUGGAGCAGGCAGUCUCUGAACACCCCUAGUCCAGUGGAGACAGAGAUGGACAUGCUGGUCAUGAGGGAGAGAUCUAGAAGGGGAAUCCGCAACAGCGGCUACGAUGGUGAGCCUGAGCCAUUUGAAGAAACUGAUGUGGACCACCUUCUGAAUUCACUGGGUUUUGUCGGUGACCAUCAGGUCAAAGGUCACUCUGACUCAUCCACCCUAAGUUCCCAACCAUCCAUUGAUGAAGUGAGGCAGCAGAUGCACCUGCUCUUGGACAACGCCUUUGGACUGGCCUCUGCCGAGCCUACUCCAACCAACCACCACCACCACCACCACCACCAUCACCCUCAUAGUUCUUACAACCCUAGCCAUAGUAGCCCCUACUUGGAUGGAGUUACCAGCGCUCCUGGCACUAUGAACCACCCCAACGGAGCGCUUCAGCAUGGUUCCUCCUUUGGGCCGGAUAUGCACCAGUGUAGCCUCCCCAAACCAGGAUUCAGGUUUACCCAGCUGCCUGAUAUGGGUUUGGGGUCCCCACCCCCCCUCAUCCCUCCAAGAGGAGGAGCCCCACCUGGAACUUCACUAAGACGGUCGACACCAGACAUGAGUCUGAAGCCUCGUGUCUCCGAGGCCUCUGAGAUGAUUCAGCACAAUGGCACCCCCUAUCUGCCAAUCAGCCGAGCUCCCUUCCCCGCUGUUACUGUGGACGAGUCUAUGACAAGCUACUCAGGAAACCCAAUGACAGCAGUAUAUGCCAUAUCUGCCAACCGCCCUGGCUACUCUGACUACUUUGUCCUGUCUCCACCGUCCUCCUACCGGAGUCCCUCUUGGAUGUCAUACCCUCCAGAGCCAGAAGACCUUCCACGUCAGUGGAAUGACACGGUAAAGAACCAGUGUCAUCUGGAAACCAUCUGCUGAAUUGGAUUCAUUUCUGAUGUUGACCAGACACUGAAAUUUAGGAUAUUUUAGAGUUUUAUAUUGUUACCUAAUUCCACAUGCCACAUAUGGAUUUAUCAAUUAUCUGAGAAAUGCUACUCAUUUAAUUAUGAUUACAUUUUAUGGGUAUUAUCGGGUCAUGGUUUAAAUUAGAAUGGAAGUCUAUAUACAGUCGUGCCUAAAAGUAUCUGGAUAACUUAAAGCCAUACGUAAAAAUAUAUGAAUUACAUUGUAUUAUAAACUAAAUAUCAAACCAAGUGGCAUCUGCAAACAAAUUAUGCUAGACCUUUUUUCAAAACUAACUAUAUUUAGUUGCAUUUAACUAAUGGGAAACUUUUUCUGGAUGUAUGAAGUCAGUUCUCCUCAAGUCCACACAGGUGUCCAAACAGAGUAAAUACAGGUGUAGUUCAUCACACUACCUAUGGACAUGUUUCAGUAACGUUUACAAACCAGAAAGUGUCCAAAUAAUAUUUGUCUUAAUUUUGAACUGUAAAUCUGUUGAUUUUAUUGGUUUAAUUUUCUGUGUUUAAUGCAAUAACAUUCAUACAUUUAUACAUUGGGAUUAAGUGUCCAAAUGCUUUUUGGGUCCACUGUAUUAUUCAAGUUAGAAAACUUGGCCUUAUACCGUAGGCAAUAUGUUAAUUAGAUGCUGCAUUAUUAGGCUUUUAUGCUUUCAGGGUGUGUACCACCAAAAAGAAUAGUUGCCUACUCUAAAAUGACUGAUACAGCAGCCCUAACCCACCCAGACCUGUAAUCCAUAACCUCACCGGCCAGCCUCGGCAGGAUGCAGCACCCAUUAUUAAUUAACGUCCCCAAUGGUAAAUCACAACCUGUCCUUGAAGCAAGCAACCAUGUUGAGCAAACAGCAGGUUGUCUUACUGGCCAAAACUGUGUUUUUCUUAAAGCUUUUUCAAAUUAUGAAACAGUGUUGUAUGUUGUACAGGUGUUUUAUGUGAUUUAAACACCAAGUUACUAAUAAUAUAAAACUAAAACAUGAUUUUUUUCCCCCAUCUUGGGCAAUCUUAGCUUCAUAAAUGCGAAUCUGUCUUUUGCUCUCAUUCGUGCAUUUUUAUAGAAAAGGUUAUCGCAGGUGAUUCUUCUUGUGCACUCCGUAUGGCUUACAUAAAAAUGACGACAAUGAAUGGUGUAAAAUAAAUGUACAAUAUGGUAUCUACUGUAGUCACAAUAUGUUCAAGCAAAAAUAGUAUACGCUUUUUCUUUCUCUCAGAAAUGCAAUCGUUUAUGCUGUUUUAAAGUGUUUCACAAUGCACAGCCAUUCAUGAAAGGCAUGAAUCAUGUUUUGAGAGUUUAGGUAUGAUGUGGGAAGAUAGCCAUAAUGGUUUAGUUAACAAACCCAGAUGCCAAAAUGAGGGCUAAACUUUGAGAGGGAUUCAUAUUUUCAGUAGCCUUUUUGUAAGUGUAAAGAGUAACUAAAAUGUGUUUCUAUUUUAUUGCCUUAUUAAUAAAAGGCACCAAAAUAUAAAUAUUUAUAUCAGAUCUAGAUAAAAUGUUUAAAUGUACAGCAUACACCAAAAUUGACUUGAAAUCAGAUUUAGAGUACAUUACACAAUGAUCAAAUUAAAUCCAAUUAAAGUUUUAGCAUAAUAUGACUCAAAUUUGAAUUUGCAUCCAAGUACAGUGUUACAGAUGUAACAUUUGGCAUGUGUUCUAAAGAGAAUGAUUCUAAUGCAUGUAGUCUGGACAUAUGAAUCAUAAGGGCUUUGUAUGUGAAGGAAGACCCAUAUUUGUUGGGGCAGUUAUAGAAAGGAUUUCUAUUGUAAAAUAAAACAAAAGCGACAACACGGCAGACGUAUCCCAUAGACGCUAUCUGUCAAUGUACAACCAUUUUUGUUAAGGCACACUUGCAGAAUGACUGCAUUGGAAUAUAUUAAAUGUCACAAUGACAUAAUCAGAUUAUGAAAAUUGUUAAAGCAUACAUAAGGUGUUGUGUAAAUUAUUAUAAAUGCCACAAAUGUUUGAUUUUUGUUGAAUUGAAGAAUGGUGUCCUUUCUGUUUAACUAUGUUGCUGCGGGGGAUGUGCAAAUAUCUUAACUAUCACUUAAUUGUUCCUUUUUAAAGUUUUUUUCUUUUAAUAUUUUUAUAUUAAUUGAAUGACCCUUUUUGGCCAACAACUGAGGACAUUCUUCUAAAAUGGAUACCAGUGUAAAAUAUUAUGCUUCAAAUGUGGGGGGGGAAGAAGGAAAAAAAACAAACAAACAAAAAAAGCCUUGUUGUGAAAUUAUGUGAAAACAUUGUGUUAAUAUUCAUUAUGUGUUCAUCAUCAUUACAAAUAAGAUGUUGAGAUUUUUCCUACUUAUACAACACUAAACAACUUGCCAGAUGUCUUGUACAUUUCCCUUCAUUACUGUAAAAACAAUAUUUGUUUUAAAAAUUCGACCUGUCUUUUCUUUCCUUAUUAUUUUCCUAAGCAUAGUGUACAGUAAUAAUAACCAUCAUUAUAAUCUUGGUUUAACACUUUGAAAGACUCAUUUAUGUGGGUUAUACUGAAUCAAUUCUAAU